GCGUACCGAGGGGCCGGCGUGCCGUUGGUCCGCACAGGCUGAAGGGCGCGGAGCCGGCUCGGGGCCCGAUGGAGGCGGCCCCGCCGCUGCCUCCGGUCUAUGUCUGUAGCCCGGAGUACCUGGCGCUGUGCGACUCGCUCUGCAAAGUGUCUAAACGGGCCAGUAUGGUGCAUUCUUUGAUCAAAGCAUAUUCCUUACUCGACCACAUGAGGAUAGUCAAGCCCAAAGUGGCUUCCAUGGAGGAGAUGGCAAGCUUUCACACUGAUGCCUAUCUGCAGCACCUCCAGAAGGUCAGCGAGGAGGGGGACAAUGACCACCCGGAGUCCGUGGAGUAUGGACUGGGUUAUGACUGUCCAGCCACUGAAGGUAUCUUUGACUAUGCAGCAGCUGUAGGAGGGGCCAGCAUCACAGCAGCCCAGUGUCUGAUGGAUGGCAAGUGCAAGGUAGCGAUUAACUGGCCUGGAGGGUGGCAUCAUGCAAAGAAAGAUGAAGCUUCUGGCUUUUGCUACCUAAACGACGCCGUCCUGGGCAUCCUGCGCCUGCGUCGGAAAUUCGACCGCAUCCUCUAUAUUGACUUGGACUUGCAUCAUGGGGAUGGUGUGGAAGAUGCCUUUAGUUUCACCUCCAAAGUCAUGACUGUGUCUCUGCAUAAGUUUUCACCAGGAUUUUUCCCAGGAACAGGAGAUGUGUCUGACGUUGGCCUGGGGAAGGGGCGAUAUUACAGUGUCAACGUACCUAUCCAGGAUGGCAUUCAGGAUGAGAAAUAUUACCAGAUCUGCGAGACUGUGUUGAAGGAGGUGUACACGGCAUUCAACCCGGAAGCAGUAGUCCUGCAGCUGGGAGCAGAUACGAUAGCCGGGGACCCCAUGUGUUCAUUUAACAUGACUCCAGUGGGGAUUGGCAAGUGUCUGAAGUACAUUCUCCAGUGGCAGCUGGCUACUCUCAUCCUGGGAGGAGACAGGAGGCUACAACCUUGCCAACACAGCCCGCUGCUGGACAUACUUGACCGGGGUCAUCCUGGGGAGAACGCUACCCUCCGAGAUCCCAGAUCACGAGCGACGACUUUGCUGAUUUCCCUUUCCCUGCAGUUUUUCACAAAGUAUGGUCCUGAUUACGUGCUGGAGAUCACACCGAGCUGCAGGCCAGACCGCAACGAGCCACAUAAAGUCCAAGAAAUCCUCAGCAUCAUCAAAGGGAAUCUGAAGCAUGUGGUUUAGCUGAAAAGGAAAGCUCAUGUUUCCACAACAGCGGAGCGUUUCCUGUGCGGAAGACAGUGUGUUUAUGUGAGCAGCUUGCAGAAUUCGUGGCUGCAGGGGAAAUUUGGAAGAAAUUACUUUUUCUUUUUCUUUUUCUUUUUCUUUUUUUUGACAUUUCCAAGCAGCAGUGAGUGGCUGCGGCUCUACGGUGGCUGUGAGCACACAGUGGCCCCAGUGCUGGGGGAUAGGGGAGCUCCCAACUUCCACCCCCUUGUUCCAAUAGAUUCCAGCUUAUUUUUUACAAAACUGCUUUUAUUCUUGCAGAUGGUUUUUCUAAUUAUCUUUUUUAAGGGAGGUGGUGGGCGAGGGCCACUCUGAGCCACAGACUCUCCACAGUCUGGCGCCUGUGCCACUUGUACUGGGCUGCCCUCCUGGUGAGACCACAGGCUGUAGGUGUAGACGCUGUGACGUGAACUCCAGAGGGGACGCGUUGAGUGAUAGGCACAGGGCCUGUAAUCCUGGCUGCACCCUUAUCUGGGGAGGGAGCCACAAACGUGUUUUUAAACAAAUAAAAGAGUUGAAAUAUU